AUGUCUGAGCUAUGGUAUCAACAGCCUGCUCCCGACUGGAAUGCAGCCUUACCAGUUGGCAAUGGACGCCUGGGUGCCAUGGUAUACGGUCGCACUGAUACGGAAAUGCUUCAACUCAAUGAAGACUCCGUGUGGUAUGGAGGCCCUCAGAGACGAGAUCCACAGGAUGCCUUCCAGUACCUCCCACACCUGAGAGAUGCAAUCCGCAAGGGGGACCAUCCCGAAGCAGAGAGGAUAGCCAGAUUGGCUUUCUUUGCCAAUCCGACAAGCCAGCGGAAUUAUGAACCCCUGGGGAAUCUUUUCUUAGACCUGGGCCACGAUCCAAAAGAGGUAUUGAAUUAUCGGCGCUCGCUGGACUUGGAUACUGCGGUGGCACAUGUCAGCUAUGAGUAUCAGGGUAUCCGAUUCGAACGUGAAGUCCUGGCUAGCAGUCCCGACAAUGUUCUCGCAGUUCGGGUACGUUCGUCCAGCAAGGCAGAGUUCGUGGUUCGAUUGACGCGAAUGAGUGAUUUGGAGUUCGAAACGCAUGAAUGGCUCGACGAUAUUCAUACCAGUAAAAAUUCCGUCACGAUGCACGUUACACCAGGUGGCAAGAACAGCAACCGGGCAUGCUGUAUAGUAUCCGUCCGCUGUGACAGCGAUGAUAGCACAGUCACUACAGUCGGCAAUAACCUUGUGGUGAAUUCCAGUGACACAUUACUGGUGAUUGCAGCAGAGACCACCUUCCGCCAUGAAAACAUUGAUCAGCAAACUAUGCAAGAUGUACAGAACGCACUAUGUCUCUCUCGGGAGGAGCUGAGGAAGCGCCAUAUCUCCGACUACCAAUCACUGUACAACCGAAUGGAAUUUCGACUGGGGCCAGACUCUCCUGAAAUCCCUACCGACAAACGUCUCCAAUCUUCUCGAGACCCGGGACUCAUUGCACUUUACCAAAACUACAGCCGCUAUCUUUUGAUAGCAUGUAGUCGCAAUGGGUACAAAUCCCUACCAGCAAACCUUCAAGGCAUCUGGAACCCAUCCUUCCAUCCUGCAUGGGGGUCCAGGUUCACCAUCAACAUCAAUCUGCAAAUGAACUACUGGUUAUCGAAUAUGUGUAACUUGUCGGAAUGCGAACUGCCUCUUUUCGAUCUACUGGAGCGCAUGGUCGAGACUGGCCAAGACACAGCCCGUAUUAUGUACGGGUGUCGGGGUUGGACAGCGCAUUCCAAUACAGACAUCUGGGCUGAUACAGCUCCUGCAGACCGGUGGAUGCCAGCUAGUAUCUGGCCAUUGGGUGGUGCAUGGCUGUGUUACCAUAUCUGGGAUCAUUUCCAGUACACAGGCGACGAAAGGUUCCUUCGCAGGAUGUUUCCCACGCUACGUGGGUGCGUUGAAUUCCUCUUAGAUUUCUUGGUUGAAGAUGAAAAUGGUGAAUAUCUGAUCACCAGUCCAUCUGUCUCCCCCGAGAAUUCCUACUAUGACCAUACAGGAGAGAAGGGGGUCCUCUGCGAAGGAUCCACCAUCGAUAUUCAGAUCGUUGACGCAGUUCUAAGCGCAUUUCAAGCCUGUGCAAAAAUACUUAGCGUCGAUGAUUCUCUUCUUCCGCAAGUAAAGUUGACCAGGAACCGCUUGCCACCCAUGCAAAUCGCCGAUGCAGGCUAUUUACAAGAAUGGGCCGCGGACUAUGCAGAGGUCGAGCCCGGACACCGCCAUACAUCUCACUUGUGGGCGCUACAUCCUGGCAAUGCGAUCACCCCAGCACACACCCCUAAGCUAGCGGUGGCCUGUGGGGCAGUCCUGCGCCGUCGAGCCGAGCACGGUGGGGGCCACACGGGCUGGAGUCGAGCCUGGCUUAUCAACUUACAUGCGCGUUUACUGGAGGCCAAGCAGUGCAGCGAGCACCUAAAGUUACUUUUCACUAAAUCCACCUUGCCUAAUCUGCUAGACAGUCAUCCGCCCUUUCAGAUUGAUGGCAACUUUGGUGGUGGAGCGGGUAUCAUUGAAAUGUUGAUCCAGUCACACGAGCCUGGGGUGAUUCGGAUCCUUCCGGCGUGUCCGAGGGACUGGACUGGGUCUAUUCGGGGAGUGCGGGCACGCGGGGGAUUUGAGCUGCAAUUUGAAUGGGAGAAUGGUUGUGUUGUUGGCGUAGUGAAGGUCAAGUCAGACUGUGGAGAGAGGGUAGUGGUUUACCUGAACGGAGUAGAACGAGAAAUCACCGGUCAUGGUGAGCAUAUCAUACAGGCCUCUUAG